CUGCCUCUUGGGUCAGGAAGUGUGGCUGGAAUAGUCGGUGCUGCGAUGCGGAGGCGGGUCGCUCCCGCGCCGAAGGUUCCAUCCGAGAUGUAGAGAUGGAGGCAGAAGACCCUGGGUUACUCCCCAAGGGAGAGAUGGAUCUCCCAAAGGAUGGGGUAGAUCUUUGUGAACCAAAGGUUAGCCCGGGCUCUACUGAUACAGGAGACGAUGAGCCCAGUGCUGCCUUGGAUGAACAAGCAGAGUUAACUGGUGCCCAAAAUAAUGGGCCCUUGAGUGUGGCAGAUGGCAAAGCUGACAUGCAGGAGGAAUUCAGUGAAGCUCGGGAAGAAUCUAGUGAGAAGGACCUGUCGGAUUCGGCCUCCACGGACAACACUUUGGAAGACUCCAGCGAGUUCAGUCGGCCCAUGAUGAUGGGCAGUGGUCCUGCCGGGGAGGAGGAAGUGGUGGUCCAGCCACGUCCUCCCACGCAUCGAGAUGAGGAUGUGACUGCUGAGAGUUGGCGGGCGCACAGGAAGCACGUCUUUGUCUUGAGCGAAGCCGGCAAGCCCAUUUAUUCCCGCUACGGCAAUGAGGAAGCCCUCAGUUCAACCAUGGGUGUCAUGAUGGCAUUGGUGUCGUUCAUCCAGAGCGGGGAUAAUUCCAUCCGCUCCAUCUAUUCGGAUGACCGCAAGCUAGUUUUUGUGCAGCAGGGCCCGCUGGUGCUGGUAUCAGUGUCCAGCACUCUACAGUCGGAGCAGCAGCUGCGACAAGAACUUCUGUACGUCUACUACCAAAUCAUCAGCAUGCUCACGCAAGCCAGCAUCACGCGCAUCUUUGAACGGAAGAAGAACUACGACCUCCGGCGCCUGUUGACCGGCUCAGAAAAGAUCCUCGACCGCCUCUUGAACCUGGUGGAGUCUGACCCUUGUUUCCUGCUUGGUGCUGUGCGCUGCCUGCUCCUCCAGCCCGCUCUGCGAGAUUCCCUGGGCUCUCUGCUCCAGAAGGCUAUCACUCCUAAUUUGGUCUUCUCCAUUCUAGUGGCCCGCAGUCAGCUGGUCACUGCCGUGCAGGAGAAAACAGUCAUCGAUGAUUGCCGGCUGGAGCCCACCGACCUGCAUUUGCUGCUGAACCUCAUAGGGGCAACAUCUGCCUUCCAAACGGGGGAGAUCUGGACGCCUAUUUGCUUGCCGCGCUUCAACCCGGACUGUUACUUUUAUGCUUACAUUUCCUAUUUGGACGCAGACUGCACCGUCUGUCUCAUUCUUCUGUCCACUGACAAGGAAUCGUUCUACUCUGUUUCGGACUGCAAGAAACGCAUAGAGGAGGGCAUGAGGACUCAGAACUACCUACAGGCACUCUCAAGCGGCCUCAGGAGCCCGUCCUACAGCGUGGGGAUGGUUGGUACACCAGACCUCCGGCACUUUAUGUACAAGCCCUUGGAUAUACCUGAUAAUUACCGGCAGCUCCCCCAGUUCACCAGCCCAGAACUGGAGGGGCCCUAUUGCAGCCAGAGCGAACGCCACCGGCUCUUCGACCUCUAUCACUACCUUCACAGCCGCAUCCACAGUACCUCACGCCCUCUGCGUCUCAUCUACCACGUAGCUGAAAAGGAGACUCUCUUGGCUUGGGUCACUAGCAAGUUUGAAUUAUACACCUGCUUCAGUCCCUUGGUGACCAAAGCUGGUGCCAUCAAUGUCCUGACAAAGCUGCUGCGCUGGAUAAAGAAAGAAGAAGACCGGCUCUUCAUUCGCUACCCACCCAAGUACUCCACCACUCCCAACCCUGGUAAAGGAAGCAAGGGGGCCCGAACUGAUGGUACUGAGAACGGUUUCUUUGGAGGCCUCUAGGCCGAGGACUGUUAUCAUCUUGAACUAAUGUCCUGCGUGCUGCUCCUUCUUAAAGAAAGCUCUUGACUGAAGAACUUCUUGGUGAGGGGCGUUUUGUCCUUCACAAGUUGAAACUAAUCUGCCAUUGUGAGGGGAGAGCCAGCUUUCCAGGCCAAGCUCUGCAUUCGCUGACAAAUCCAGCAAAAUUUGGUCUGCCUUUUUUUUUAAAAAAAUAAGGGUCUUAAAUGCUUUACAAGUAAGGAGGCAUUGACCUAAAGAGAGGCCCUCAGGUAGAUUGUGGAGCUGGCUAGCAAAACGGUGGCUCUUUUGGCUUGUGGAAGUGACAUAUAAUUGGCAGGUGGGGGACUCUAAGUACGGACUCUAUUUAAGUAUGGUUUACGCUGAUGCCUGUUUCCGACUCCAACAGGUUAGCAUUUUCAGGUAAUGAAUACUUGCAUCCUUGAUAUUAUUGGGAGGCGGGUACAUAAUCUUUUCACAUUCUUCCUCUUCAACAAUUUUUAUCUUUGGCGCUGAAAUUGGAGGAAAGAAGCCUUGUCUACUUCAUUUCUCGGUAUUAAAUAAACAACGGGACCCAAAUAGGGAUACCUCAGAGGUGAUUUGGGAUAACUUGCCUGAAAAUACUUGACUGUUGAUAAGCAUGCAAUAGUCCAUUGUGAUUGAAGGUGGUUUCUAAAAUGGCUGCUGGGUAGUGUGUCACUCUAGUAGCUAUUGUGGGGUGUUUUUUUUUUUUUUUAAAGAGAGUGUAGCUUUCAAGCAACACAGUUGACCUGGGAUAAUCUUGGUAUUGUCAGAAGAGUCUUGUCCCUUGAUAAACAUGUAAUAUUAGUCCACAGUAUAUUGGAGGGUGGCUUCUGAAAUGGCAGUCUAGUCUGCUUUUGCAGGUUUACCAUGAAUAGUGCUUUUGAGCAGUGAGUGAUCAACCUAGGAUGGGCUGAAUAUAUACUUCAGAGGAGCUGACUUGGAUCAGCUUCAUGCCAUCUUUAGAGCAAAAUAAAGAGGCCCAGUUCCAAAAAAAAUCCCACGUCCUGGGACCAUCGAUAUUGUCGAUUGAGACCUGACUUCUACUCUCUUUGGACUUUUAAUUUCCUUUUGAAUCGGGGGAAGCUGUUUCAGCCAUUAGUUCUGAAACCAUGAGAGGUCAAAUGUGUGAUGGUUAUUUGCAAUUUGCAAAAUCUGGUGUUGAACUACUGUCUUAGAUUGUAUAAUGGCUCAGUUUGUAUUUAUGGAACCAUGAUGGAAUUUUUGACAUUUGUUUAAAUGUUGUCCAUUGGAACCUAAAUGGCUUUGAAAAAUACUGUCUUGCUGUUUUCCAUCCCUUCUCAUGUUGUCCUCUUUCCCAAUUCCCUUUUGGUGGUUUUUUUUCCUAAGGAAGACCCAUCUUUAGCUGAAACAGAGGCUUACAAAAAUUAAGAGGCAAGCCUUUGUUUCUAGCUGCUUCACUGCUCCUGUGAGCAGUGACAUUUUCCCUUUGUUGGGACACCCCCAUUCUUUUAAAAUCAAGCAGCAGCAUGUCUCUUUGUACACCUGCAUCCAGGAAAGUGUGGAAAGGUCCACGUUAAACUGCCUCUUUGGUCAAUAAAUCUCCAUUUUUCUUAUCUCCAGAUUUUGUUUGGUUGUACCAUCGGUUGGGACAGCUGCUCUUCUCGGGUAGACUGGAGAAAAAAAAUAUCAUUUCAAGCACUUAAUAGUUGCAUCCUUUGCCUUUCUGGCUAAGUGCUGCUCUGCUGUGCAAAUAUGCACCCUGUAUCAAUUUGCUGCUGCUCGACAGGUAUGUUCCCUGUCUUUCCUGUUCCUUGAAAAGGUCUUUUUUUUUGUCCACUACUCAGCAGGAGAGCCCUUGUUCUCCACCAGCAAGGUUUUCCCUCCUACCCUGAGCUUGGCUUAUGAGUAUUGUGGAAAGGGAGCUGGAUUUAACCUGGAAUGCUUAUGUAAAUGUACCAACUUACUGUUGCCAGUUUUGAAGGGGACUGAGCACCGAACUGGAUUUUCCCCUCGUUGGCAAUGCCACAGCGAUUAGAAGAAUGAGGCUACUAUGCAGGAUUUAUCUGUUGCAGCUGGAUUCCUCCUGGCGCUUGCUGCUUUCUAAGCUUGCUUUUGGCUGGCAUUUCUUCUGCCCUGGCAAAGAGAACAGCAGUGAUUCCAUGCAUCAUGUGGCUGACUGACAACAAAGGUUUUAUAUUUCUGGCUAAACUGUUGUACUGAGAACUGGAAGCAUCUUAUUAAACACACACACAACCCCUUUCAGAAUCGG